AUGAAAUUAAAAACUGAAGAGGAGGAGGAACAAAGCAUGCAGAAAUGUUGGCAUACCGCAUCAUCAUCCCAUAUAAUAAUAUAAUCAUACCAAGUAAUGAAUGCAAACUGAAGCGCAACUGUGAUGGCGUUAAGAGCAAAGUAAACAAGUGCAAAGAAUGCGAUCGGUUGACUGGGGAAUCUGGAUACUCAAUACUCAUGAAUACUUAUGAGCAUUUAUGUACGAGUACUUAUGGCACUGAGUUGAUGUGUGUAUCUGGCUGGAUGGCCAGAAGUUGAAUGCAUGCAAUUUUAGGGCGUAUACAUAUAAUUAAAUCUGAAAUUUAUUCUUAGAACGAGUUUCGGCUUAAACAAUUUUAGCAACUUAAUAUAUGUCACACUGCGAAUGAAACCGGUAAGGAUGAUGACCACAAAAAUGUUGUUAUUUUGCGUUAUAUAAGGCGCCUCUGUAACUGGACAACAGUCAAACCGAGCAGAGCUGACGAACAAACCACAACAACAUGUUGAAGCUUUUAAUUACCAUUUUUGGAUGCUGCUUGAUUUGUGCAUUGGCUGCACCCGUUGAUAUUCAUCCGAGCUCAACGAUGCAGCCGGUGGCUAUCAUUGACUCCGGACAGGAAAAGCAUGAAGAUGGCUCCUAUCACUUCUUCUAUCACGGCGAGGAUGGCACACAUCGCGAGGAGACGGCAGUGGUGCACAAUGCCGGCACUGAGGAUGAAUUUCUGGAGGUGAAUGGCUCAUAUUCGUACAUCGAUGUGAAUGGCAAGGAAAUUGUGGUGCACUAUAAGGCCGAUGAUCACGGCUUUGUGCCCGAGGGCGGCAACAUAUUGCCACAGAUAUCGGAGGCCGCCAAGGUGACCAGUGAGCUGAUGCCGCCGAUGCCUGAUUUGGAUUAAAAAAAUGCCGCAGAAACAAUAAUUCAAUAAACUCUGAGCAAAACGGA